AUGGCUCCAAUACGUUCCACUGGAUUUGUUGAUCCUGGUUGGGAUCAUGGCAUUGCUCAAGAUGAGCGCAAAAAGAAAGUUAGAUGUAAUUACUGUGGGAAAAUUGUUAGUGGUGGGAUAUACAGAUUAAAACAGCAUUUAGCUCGAGUUUCUGGUGAAGUAACAUACUGUGAAAAGGCUCCAGAGGAAGUCUACCUUAAAAUGAAGGAAAAUCUGGAUGGGUGCCGUUCCAAUAAGAAACAAAAGCAAGUUGAUGCACAGGCAUAUAUGAAUUUCCACUCUAAUGAUGAUGAAGACGAUGAAGAGCAAGUUGGGUGUAGAAGUAAAGGGAGGCAAUUGAUGGUUGAAAGGAAUGUGUCUGUAAAUUUGACUCCUCUUCGAUCUUUAGGAUACAUUGACCCAGGGUGGGAACACGGUGUUGCUCAGGAUGAGAGAAAGAAAAAAGUUAAAUGCAGUUACUGUGAGAAAGUUGUCAGUGGAGGUAUUAAUAGGUUUAAACAACAUUUGGCUAGAAUUCCUGGAGAGGUAGCACCAUGUAAAAGUGCUCCUGAAGAAGUUUAUCUUAAAAUUAAAGAUAAUAUGAAAUGGCAUCGCACUGGAAAGAGGCACAGGCAACCUGAGGGUAAGGAACUGUUGCCUUUCUAUCCGAAGUCCGAUAAUGAUGAUGACGAAUAUGAGCAACCGGAAGAUACUUUGCAUCAUAUGAACAAGGAAGCUUUGAUUGAUAUUGAUAGGAGAUACUCCAAAGAUACAGCAAAGACGUUCAAGGGAAUGCCCCCAAAUACUGGCCCAGAACCAGUGUUGAGAAGAUCAAAAUUGGAUAGUUUUUACCAGAAACCUCCCAUGAUUCAGACUCCUACAACUUACAAACAUUUAAAAGUCAAGACAGGGUCCACGAAGAAAUUACGCAAGGAAGUUAUUUCCUCAAUAUGCAAGUUCUUUUGCCAUGCAGGAAUUCCUUUACAAGCUGCUGAUUCCAUAUAUUUUCAUAAAAUGCUGGAAAUGGCUGGUCAAUAUGGACAAGGACUGGUAUGCCCACCCAGCCAGAUUAUUUCUAGUCGCUUUUUGCAGGAAGAAAUCAAUUCCAUUAAGAAUUACCUUAUUGAAUAUAAGGCUUCAUGGGCAAUCACUGGUUGUUCUAUAAUGGCUGAUAGUUGGAGAGAUACCCAGGGUAGGACAAUUAUUAACUUUCUUGUUUCAUGUCCUCACGGUGUAUACUAUGUUUCAUCAGUUGAUGCCACUAAUGUGGUAGAAGAUGCACCAUAUUUAUUUAAGCUUCUGGACAAAGUAGUGGAAGAAAUAGGUGAGGAAAAUGUAGUGCAGGUAAUCACUGAAAAUACUCCUAACUAUAAAGCUGCAGGAAAAAUGCUUGAAGAGAGGAGAAGGAAUUUAUUUUGGACGCCUUGCGCUACCUACUGUAUUAAUCAGGUGCUUGAAGAUUUCAUGAAGAUAAGAUGUGUAGAAGAAUGCAUGGAAAAGGGCCAAAAAAUUACAAAACUAAUAUACAAUCAAAUAUGGUUGUUAAAUCUUAUGAAAAGUGAAUUUACCCAGGGAAAGGAUCUUCUUAAACCAGCUGGUACUCAGUGUGCCUCUAGCUUUGCUACAUUGCUGAGUUUGUUGGAUCAUCGAGUUAGUCUCAGACGAAUGUUUCUUUCAAACAAAUGGAUGUCAUCCAGGUUCUCCAGCUCAAGUGAGGGGAAAGAGGUGCAAAGAAUUGUUCUGAAUGUUACAUUUUGGAAGAAAAUGCAGUAUGUGAGGAAGUCAGUCGAGCCCAUUUUGCAAGUGAUUCAAAAGGUGUCUAGUGGAGAGAGCUUGUCAAUGCCAUAUUUAUAUAACGACUUGUACAGGGCAAGACUUGCAAUUAAAUUUGGUCAUAGCGAUGAUGCACGUAAAUAUGAACCAUUCUGGAAGGUGAUAGACAGACAUUGUAACUCUCUUUUCUGUCAUCCUCUUUACUUGGCUGCUUACUUCUUGAACCCAUCAUACCGAUAUCGUCAGGAUUUUGUUGCGCAUUCUGAGGUAGUACGAGGGCUGAAUGAAUGCAUUGUUCGGCUAGAUCUAGAUAGUUUGAGACAAAUAUCUGCAUCAAUGCAAAUUGCUCAUUAUAAUUCUGCACAAGAUGAUUUUGGAACUGAAUUGGCAAUUAGCACAAGAACAGGUCUUGAACCAGCUGCUUGGUGGCAACAGCAUGGAAUAAGUUGCUUAGAGUUGCAAAGAAUAGCCGUGCGAAUAUUAAGUCAAACAUGCUCAUCUUUUGCAUGUGAGCAUGAUUCAAAUAUGUAUGAUCAGAUAUAUAGCAAAAGAAAAAAUCGUCUAUCUCAGAAGAAACUUAACGACAUUAUGUACGUUCACUAUAACUUGCGCCUUAGAGAAUGCCAAGUAAGGAAAAGGUCCAGGGAGUCAAAGUCAACCUCUGUUGACAGUGUUCUACAAGAGCAUUUAUUUAGUGACUGGAUAGUUGAUACCACUGCACAAAGCUACGAUGGUGACAAGAAUAUUCCUUUUGGAGUUGAACUAGACGAUGAAUAUGAAAAUGAUUCAAUUGACUAUGAAGAUGGAGCUGCAAGGCAUCUAAAGGGUUCCCUUGAGCUUAUGACUAUGGCUGACGGAGCAGUAGGAUCAUCAGAUGCAGAUCAUGCUAACAUCGACGGCGCCACGGACGAUGAGUCGGAUCUGAAUUAUUUUGAUGAUGAUUUAAGCGAGUAA